UAUCAAGAAUCCGAAAUCUCAAGUCCAAGACCUAAUCAUGAAUUACAUUAUUGGCUUAAAGAUUUGUAUACUAAUAUUUCUGAUCAAAACAUCAGAGGUUUUCGGAAUAUAUAAAUGUUAUGAAUGUCGAAGCUCACCCACGGAUGACAGUUGCAAAACCAUAAUUUAUAAACAAAAGAAAUAUUUAAGACAGUGUGGUCCAAACACAUUUGCGUGUUUUACACUUGAAGUACAAUCACGUGAUAUUCUUGGAAACUAUAUAGUUCGUAAAGGAUGCUUUCAUGGACAAAACAUACUUACUGAUGGGCGUGAAAUCGAACCACUUGGACACUAUCAUUAUUGUGCUUACGAUUCCUGCAACUAUGCACAUGAACUAUUUGAUUUGGAAAUUCUGCCAGGAGAUCUGAUCGAAAAUCGAAAAUGCUUAAGUGUGGAUGUACGUGUGAGAGACAAUGAAGAGUAA